GAAGGUGUCUGUCUGUCUCUCUCUCUGUCUGUCUCUCUCUCUCUCUGUCUGUCUCUCUCUCUGUCUGUCUGUCUGUCUGUCUGGUGGUGGUGGUGUUACUAACAGGACGACGACGGUUAUCGGUUAAAGGUGUCCGAGUUUCAUCCGUCCAGGACAAAGUAAGUGACACCCUUCCCUGCUGUCUCGCUGCAAGCAAAGCAGAGACUCUGGCACUGAUCCUCACUCGCUGCAUCUUCGUUCCCAGCCUUGAAAGAAGGAAGUGCAAACCACACAAGUGAUUCUUGGGGUCACUGGUAUCCCAGAUGGUUGAGCUGAGGUCACACUGCUGAGAUGACUAGGCUGUGACAGUGUUUGUCGAAGUGUGUCUGUACCGGACCAAUUGACAUGGCUGCUGCUAAGAAGAGUUGUGCGAAGGCAGGAGGCGUGCGCUUCUCAGAGGAACCCCCCACUGCCGGAGCCCCAUCACAUGUUCACUUCGACGAAAAGCUGCAUGACUCAGUCGUCAUGGUGACUCCGGAGGAUGACGGCAACUUCAUGGUCAAGGUUGGCUUCCUAAAGACGCAGCACCGGUAUGAAAUAGUGUUCACCUUGCCUGAGGUCCCAGCUCUGGGGAAGGAUGUGUGUCCAGCACCAGUACCCAGUCCACACCUCCGGAUCACUGAUAUCACACCGGCACCAGAGGAUCGUCACCACGGCACACCCAUGCUGCUGGAGGGAGUCCGCUGCAUCGGGGUGGAGUUGGAAUAUGACUCCGAACAGAGCGACUGGCAAGGAUUUGAUUAAAGAUUAAGCUCCUGCUCCAGUACACACACUCAUAUAUACACACUCAUAUAUACACACAAACACACACACAUAGCGGCCAUCAUAGAACCGUACACCUACUAAAUUAAACACAACACACGUCCUGUCAAUUUCCCAAAUAGUAACAGCGUACACACACAGAUGAUUUUUAGUGCCACGUUAUGUUUCAAGCGCCGGGUUGUGAUUCAGUGUUCAGUUUUGGAUUCAGAGGAAGUUAAAUUGUUUUGCCUGCUGAAAAUAAUUUACAUACAAAAAAUACAAACAUUCCUCUGCUGUGACCUUCACACCAUCGACAGCAUCUGAACGGACGGUUUGUCUAUUUGCCACGUCUUUUCUUUCCUCUCUCUCUCACCGUGAUGUUGUUAAUCUGUACUCUCCUGACUGAACCUCUAGAGGGCGGCAGCGCUCUUUGAAUAUCAGUGCAGCUCCUUUUCACUGCCUCUUGUGCUCCAUUCACUCUUUUCCAAACUGUAUCCCAACGUGGAUUUAACAGGUGAGGGAGUAAACAAGGGCUUUUUUUUAAAAUUAAUUAAGUAGCUUGGAAUUGAACUUUAGGUAAGCAAAAAUAAAAAAAUAAAUCUGCAUAAUUCAGGGAGGAAGAGAGGAACUGAUUAACAGCAUGUAAUGUCUCUGUUUAACCUAAAGGGGGGGACUGCAGACCACUGUGUGUAACGCUCCUCCUAUCUGAAGGCUGUUUCAUGGAGUGUGGUCUACGUUUCUCCAUUUAAAGGAAAAAUCCAACAAUUUCAUGAAUUGUGUCGCCCCUAGUUACCCCUCAACCUGCCCUGACUACUACUGAAUUUGCUCUAUUCUGCAUUUCCCAGGAAAUCCCAAAGAACAUGUGUGAACUUAUUUCAAUAGGAGUAUGUGUGGGGGGAAAAAACUGAGAAUAAUGCCUCUAAACAUGUGCUUUUUUUCUGUGGUAGAUUCCUCCGGUAUGAUUAUUAAACAUUUUUGUUAAAUUUUGCAUUCAGAAAGAAGCGCUUUGUCUUUUAUUAUCAGGAACUGAUACCAAAAUCUGAGGUUUAGGUCCAUGUUUUAGGUCUAGCAAACAUUUUUCUGCACCGUCCAGCUGCAAAUGUUUCAUUCAUGUUGUUUUGUUUCGCCACUUUUCAGUAAAAGAAGUAAAAAAAGAAGAUUUAAACACAGAUACAACGCACUGUGCAUAGCCGAAAGCUGUUUUAAAGGUGAAAAAUCUAACUGAAACAAGUAGUCGAUUAGUUGGUUAGUCAGUCAACAAAAAAUAAUCGAUUAAUGAUGCAUUUCUCUGUUUAAUUUUUUUGGCUUUUGGACUGACUUUUUUCACUAUAGAUCCACUAGUCAAGUAUCAUUAGAUUAAUCAACAAUGAGAAUGUUCUUGCAUUAGCGCAUAAGUGUUUUGAGUGGAUUUUUCCUUUAAGAAAACCAGUCCUGCAGAGUUCGGGAAGGAUUUUGUUUCUCUUUGUUGGGAUUUCAUGAAGCCUUCAGAACACACACAUUCGACACAAGUGCCUUUCGUUGUACCGUCCUGGUUCUUAUUUAGCCUGAUGUUGUUUCACCAUCCCGUCACAUACUGUACCCCCCAGACAAAACACACGGACCAGUGUGGAGCGUCCAUAAACAUCCAGUGUAACGGCUGCCUCCUCAGUGUUGUUGUUGUUUCCAGUGUUAAAUCCCACUUCUUCCAUGGCUUGCUUCAAACAGGUGUUCUCACAGUACGAUUGCAGAUCAGAGAGAGUUGACAGACGCUCUUCUUCAUUUACAUUUGUACCUAAAGAGAAAGUGCCAUGAUCUGGUUGCACUGUCGUCUCCCUCUUUCUUUUUUUUUUUUUUUACAAAAUCAUGACAUCUCCUCUGUGUGAAUCAACAUUUUUUUGUUUUUGUUACACCCGAUUGAAUACAUCAGCCUUAAAGGAAACGAUUCUGUGUGUAAUUUCUCUACUACGAGCUGUUGGUGUAGUGCAGAUUAAAUAGAUUUAUUUGAUGUUUGCUUGCGUGUAAUACAGGUCAAAGUCCGGUUUGUUUCUUCUUAGUGUAAAAGAUGAAGUGCUCAAUAGGUUACUGUUUCAAGAAUGUAGCAGUUUAUUUGUUGAUAUCUGCUCCCUGUGUGUGUGAUUUAUAUUUUUAAUGUCAAAAACUGAAUAAAAAAUGUGUGUAUGUUUGA